GCGUGCCCGGUGCCGCUGCGGCUGAAGAUGGCGCUGCCCUUUGCACGCCGCUGCAGCUGGCCCCGCUGGGGAGCCAAGCCGUGGGGACUCCCUGCCGGGGGAGCCCGGAGAGGCAUCAGUUUCAAACUGGAAGAAAAAACCGCGCACAGCAGCCUGGCGCUCUUCAGGAAUGACACGGCUGUCAAAUACGGCAUGGUGGGGUUGGAACCCACCAAGGUGGCCCUGAACGUGGAGCGCUUCCGGGAGUGGGCAGUGGUGCUCGCGGACACCACCGUCACCAGUGGCAGACACUACUGGGAGGUCACGGUGAAGCGCUCCCAGCAGUUCCGGAUAGGAGUGGCCGAUGUGGACAUGUCCCGGGACAGCUGCGUCGGCGCUGAUGAUCGCUCCUGGGUGUUCUCCUAUGCCCAGCGCAAGUGGCACAGCAUGUUGGCCAACGAGAGAGCCCCGAUUGAGGGCAUUGGGCAGCCAGAGAAAGUGGGGCUGCUGCUGGACUACGAGGCGAAGAAGCUAAGCCUGGUGGACGUGAGUCAGGUCUUUGUGAUCCACACACUACAGACAGAUUUCCGGGGCCCGGUGACGCCCGCUUUUGCCCUUUGGGACGGAGAGCUGCUAACACACUCAGGACUUGAAGUGCCCAAGGGCCUCUAAUGUGGCCAUUACCUAAGUCUCUGAAUCAUGCUUAGGGUCAGCUUUCUGUUCAAAGGGUCUAAAGCUGUUUUACAUUGUCGCAAGCAACCGGUAGCUCCCCCAGUCCAGUUGGGAUCCUUUGUGCAAUAUUUUAGUCACCUGCUCUGUGAAAGCAGGUAUACAGCCAGACUUUGCCCCCCACAUAACUGCCCGUUUCCUGGAGCAUCGGGUGAAUUUUCUCCUCGGGUUGCUUCCUUGGGUCCCAGGUGUCUUAGACUGUUCAGUCCUGGGGUCCUGUCUUUUAGCCACUACCUCUCCUUCCCUUACCCACAUGUAACUUGUUUUGGGGGUUCACCAGAUUCUCCAGAGUAAAUGCUUUCUACCUCUGGCUGGAGGAGUGGUGGCCUUUUCUCCGAUGCACCUCCGAUUCUUGGGUUCUGGCUCCGUCCAUGCUGUACUGACCCAGUAGGUCAGCACCACGGACGUCAGCCCUACACAGAUGCAGCUAUCCGCACUCUGAGUCCAUCCCUCCCCUGCACCCCUCUGAUACCCAGCCGGUUUAUCAUAACCAUUGUGCCAGUUACAGCUGUGACCAAAGGUGGAGAGACACCAGAGGAUCUGCAGGGCUGUCGUGCCAGAAACUCUUGUCUUUGAGAAGUUCCGUCUACAUGUCUGCCGCAGGUGGAAGCUUCAGGGAAGAGAGGGGAGUUUUACAUAACCCAUUUUGGAGCCUGGUCAGACCCAAAACAUCCAUCCCCCUUGGCCACAGGAGAUACUUAAUCAAAGCAGUAUUUGAGGUUGAGGAAAACCUGGUGGAAUAGAUGAGUAUGUAUGCGGACUAUGUAUUGUUUGGACUUCGUCUGACCCUGUGGGACUGUAAUUCUAUUAUCAGUGAUGGUGAUGAAAUUGGAUAUCCUUAGGGGAGAAAAAGAAUGACUGGAUUUAGAAAAAAAAUUCAUGUAAUUAAAUUUAUUUGAACACAAAA